AAACAAAAAACAAUAAAUUUCACUUUGUUAACAAGAAAAUUUAUUUAUUUUAAGUUUUUAAUAUAAUAAACAGGAAAAGCGAUUAAAUUAAAUAAAUAAUAUUAAAAAAAAAGAUAAUUGAAAUAAAUAAACAACAUGCUUACGGCAAAAAUCGGUAAAGUAGGUAAGGUAAUGAUAUGUGGCAUGAAAGGUGUGGGCAAAACUGCUUUGUUGGAACAAUUAAUCUAUGGAAAUGUUAAUAUGGAGACAGAAAUUCAUCCUACCAUCGAAGAUAUCUAUGUGGCCAGUGUAGAUACUGGACGUGGUACUAGAGAAACUUUACGAAUCUAUGACUCAGCAGGUUUACAAGGUAAGGCCCAACUGCCUCGCCACUAUUUAUACUUUCCCGAUGGUUAUGUUUUGGUCUAUGAUCCCACCGAUCCUCAAAGUUUAGACAUGCUGGCAGAUAUCAAACAGGAUAUUGAUAAAAACAAGGAGAAAAAAGAAGUACCCAUUAUAGUUUUAGCUAAUAUGCGUGCCAGACGUAAAGAUACACCACCUUCGCCCACACAAGCGCCGUCAGCACAAAAUCAAGCUGAUCCCGUAGAACUAAUAUUAAAUCGUGCCAAUUCUUGGUGUUCACGCGAACGUAUAAAACAUUAUACGGUUAAUGCCAUGGAAAGACCUUCAUUAUAUGAGCCUUUUAUUAAUUUAUGCUCUAGACUACAUCCACCACAAACAAAAUCUUCAUUUCCUCAACUAAGACAAGUAAUGCAAAAGACUCAAAAAAUGGAGGGUUAGAGUUUGCAGCAGCUAUUCCAAAUGGACUAUUUUCCAUUGUUAUGGAAAAAAAUUAUUGUUUAUGCAAAUUUUAAUUUUAACAAAGUAUUAUCUUAUUUUUUUAUACAUAUUUAUAAAAUACUCCCUUCCCUUUGAAAUCAAGAUCAAAUUAAACGUCUUUAAAAUACAAUUUAGUUUAUUGUAUUAAUAUAUUUAUUUUAAUUAUUAAUUAUUAUUGUAAUAUUUCUUUUUAUUUCAA